AUGGCGACCUCGUCGACGCAGAUCACCCCCACCGUAGGUAUCCUUUCCAUCGGCGACAUGGGCAUGGGGGUUGCCCGCCUGCUUCGUCAUCACGAUCACACGGUCUACACGGUCGCCAAGGGCAGAAGGCAAGUGGCUCCAGAUCUCCAUCCAGAUGACAUUGAACUCUUUGCUGAGCGGCCAUCAAGCCAGCAUACCCUUGACCGCAUCAAGUCCUCGCAGAUCACCACCUUGGAGUCGGAUGAACAACUCGUGGCCGAAGCCGACAUCAUCCUGAGCAUUGUGCCGCCUCGCGAUGCCAUCGCCACGGCCCGAAGGGCGCUCGAAGCCUGUCGCUCGCAGACCGCCAUCAAGCGGCGCAGUGAGCGACGAGGCACCGCAGCGGUGUCGCAGGCUCCAAGUCUAACGUACAUCGACUUGAACGCCAUCAGCCCCAAAAGCGCCCGAUCCAUCGCCGCCAUGUUCUCGACGCCCGCGUCUCCUGCAUCGCCCCGAAGAGCGUCCAUCUCCCGCACCUUCUCAUUCCACCCGAGAAGGGAAUCUGAGCCCGAACUCGACCCCAUCCCGAUUGACUUCCUCGACGGCGGCAUCAUUGGGGGUCCUCCAUCACUCAGACAGGACCACAGCUGGAAAAAGCCGUCGGUCGUCAUCUCCGGGCCCAAGCAUGCCGAGCUCCUGACUCCGGCGUUCAUCGACCUGUUAAACAUGAAGAUUCUCGGCCCCCAGAUCGGCACGGCCUCGGCCUUGAAGUCCUGCUUCGCCUCCCUGACGAAGGGCAUGACGGCACUGUCCAUCUUAUCCUUCACCACCGCACACACGUGCGGCGUGCUCAAGGAAUUACAGGCCCACUUACAGGAAUUCAGCCCGCAACUGCUCGCAUUCGCCCAGGGGGGCCUGGUGAGCAUGCCGCCCAAGGCGUACCGCUGGGUGGAGGAAAUGCGUCAGAUCAACGAGACUUUCACGGAGGAAGGUGGUUUCACGAGCGCCGUUCUCUCCUCCAACGGCCACAGUAACGGUAACGGCCACGACAACCACCACGGCCAUCAAUCCCCAGACAGCAACGGCAAGCAUGCAGCCGCGGCCGUGUUCGAUGGCAUCGCCGAGGUGUACAACCUGGUCGCGAACGACACGAUGCUGGGCAAAGAACGCGUCGAGCAUCGCAAAAGAGGCACCAGCGCCGAGGACGUGGCCGAAUGCAUGAGGGAUGGCAUUGCGAGGAAGAAAAGAAAGUUAGCUGGCGAGGAGUCCGAACUGGAGGCCGCAUGGAGGGGCAGCUGGGGUGCUUGA